AUGACUAACGACUCAGCCAAUCAAACCGAGCCCGUAUUCGUUCAUCCUCUCGGAUCGUGUUUCGAGUUGUUGAAGAAGCGAACCGAGGCUCAAGUUGGUCGCAGCAGUCUGCCUUCCGAUGAGGUUAGAAAAAAAUCGAAAUUGAAUCUCGCAGAACACGGCUCGGGUGGCAAACUAACGAAAUCGAACUCCAUAUCAAAACAAUCUGUACAGUUCAAUCAUAAACGGGCGAAAUUCUCCGGAAAAGAUGCACACCACAAACCGACACGUCGUAUUGCGAUUGAUUGUGAGUUUGUUGGGGUCGGAUUUGAGGGCAAAGAGAACGCGUUAGCCCGAGUUUCUAUCGUCAACCAGUUUGGUCACGUGUUGUUAGAUAGUGGAAUCCUCAGACGCGGUAUUCAAAGAGCGUUCAAGACAGCUAUAGGUACACCACAGAGGAAUGUACUCAUGCUGUCCCAUCCAAGACGCCACAUUCGGGAUACCUCACGAUAUCGGCCAUUCCGUGCACUGUUCGGUGGUCGCACCCCAUCACUUCGUGCUCUGACCGAACGAGUACUGGGAGUCAGUGUUCAGACGGGCGAACACGACUCGAUCGAAGAUGCUCGGGCGGCAAUGCGUUUGUACACCUCGGUCAAACGGGUUUGGGAAUCGCGGAAGAAAGGCCGUGAGUCGAUGGUUUUGGGGCUGCUCAGUGAUGUGAAAUCCUCCCAUUCAGCGGAUAAACCGGGAGCGGAGUCUGGACAGGAACAACACCAACAAUUGGAUAUUCUGACAGAAUACGAAGUACGCUGA